UUGUCCGAACUCGCUUUACUCUGGUUUCUUGCUCUCUCUCGGUAAGCUGAGGUUGAGCACAAUUCUAAAACCAAAUGGCAGCUCAUUUUGCAGUUCCAAAUCUGCUUCUUGCACAUGUCAUCUUCUCCACUACAUUACUUUGUUCUGCAACUUUUGGAUUGGCGGCCACUGCUAAGCUUCACAGUGCUGAAGUGGACGCACUGGCAGCGAUAGGGCAGAAACUGGGGACGAAAGAUUGGGAUUUUGGGAUAGAUCCCUGCAGUGGAGAAGGGAAUUGGAAGGUAGUGGAUGGAAGGAAAGGCUUUGAGAGCACUGUGGCAUGUGACUGCACCUUCAAAUACAAUUCCUCUUGUCAUGUCGUAAGCAUAGCUUUGAAGGCACAAAAUCUAUCAGGUACUGUCCCACCAGAGUUUUCUAAGCUUCACUACCUCAAACAAUUGGAUCUCAGUCGAAACUACCUUACUGGUUCUAUACCUCCCCAAUGGGCUACCAUGCACUUGGUCUAUCUCUCUUUAAUGGGGAACAGGUUGUCAGGUCCCUUCCCUAAAGCUCUCACCAACAUCAUCACUCUCAAAAACAUGAGCAUCGAAGGAAACGGAUUUUCAGGUCCUAUUCCACCAGAAAUUGGAAAGUUGAUCAAUUUAAAAAAGCUUGUUCUAUCCUCAAAUGCUUUCACAGGAGAAUUGCCAAUUGCACUUGCCAAGUUAACCAACUUGACUGAUAUGAGGGUAAGCAGCAAUAAUUUCUCUGGAAAGAUACCUGAUUUCAUCCAUAAUUGGACACAGAUUGAAAAACUGCAUAUGGAGGGUUGCUCUUUCGAGGGGCCAAUACCUUCUGGCAUUUCUGCCUUAACAAGCUUAAGUGAUUUGAGGAUAAAUGACUUAAAAGGUAGAGGGUCUCCUUUCCCACCAUUGAGUAAUAUGGUAUCCCUGAGGACUUUGAUACUGAGGAAGUGCCUAAUUUAUGGAGAGAUCCCAGAAUAUAUUGGAGAUUUGAAAAAUCUUAAAAACCUAGACCUCAGUUUUAAUCACUUGACUGGUGAAAUUCCAACGUCCUUCGUCCAACUUGGAAAAGUAGAUUUCAUGUAUUUGAUAGGGAACAAGCUCACUGGAACUAUACCCGGAUGGCUCCCAGGAAGAAACAAGAAUGUGGAUGUUUCCUACAAUAACUUCACUUGGGAAAGCUCAAGUCCAGGAGAAUGUCCUCGUGGGAGUGUAAACUUGGUGGAGAGCUUCUCCUCAUCAGCAGAUAAAAUAAGUAGAAUUCAUCCAUGCCUAAAAAGGAAUUUCCCAUGUCCUGCAAAUAAUCGACAUCAUUACUCCUUGCACAUUAAUUGUGGUGGUAAGGAAGCAAAUGUCAAUGGUAACAAGUAUGAAGCCGACAGAGAACAAAGAGGUGCUUCAAUGUUUUACUCGGGUCAGAAUUGGGCAUUCAGCAGCACUGGGAACUUCAUGGACAAUGACAUAGAUGCAGAUAUCUACAUUGAAACCAAUACUUCUGCACUCUCCAAUGUCUCUUUGUUUGAUUCAGAACUCUACACAAAAGCACGAGUUUCUCCACUCUCUCUGACAUACUAUGGACUCUGUCUCAUGAAUGGAAACUACACUGUUAUGCUCCACUUCGCAGAGAUUAUUUUCACAAAUGACAGAUCAUUUAACAGCCUUGGGAAACGAAUAUUUGAUGUCUACAUCCAGGACAAGUUGGUGCUAGAAAAUUUCAAUAUAGAAGAUGAGUCAGGUGGAGCUGGCAAGCCACUUGUAAAGACAUUUACUGUGGUUGUCACGAGUCACACAUUAAAGAUCCACUUUUACUGGGCUGGAAAAGGGACAACAGGCAUCCCAGUUAGAGGAGUUUAUGGCCCUCUCAUAUCAGCUAUUUCAGUAGAUCCUAAUUUUAAACCUCCUUCAGCUGAUGACCAAAAAAAGCAUGCGAUAAUAGUGGUUGGGAUAGUGGCUGCAGCAGUAUUUCUCAUACUUCUUGCCCUAUUUGUCAUGCAGAGAAAAGGCUUCCUGGGAGGCAAAGUCUCUGCGGACAAAGAGCUUAGAGGUAUAGAUCUGCAAACAGGAUCGUUUACAUUAGGACAGAUCAGAGCUGCCACCAAGAACUUCGAUCCAGCAAACAAACUUGGUGAAGGUGGUUUCGGUUCUGUUUACAAGGGUCUGUUAUCAGAUGGCACUGUAAUUGCAGUGAAGCAACUCUCCUCAAAAUCUAAGCAAGGAAAUCGAGAAUUUGUUAAUGAAAUCGGCAUGAUAUCUGCACAACAACAUCCAAAUCUUGUGAAGCUCUAUGGAUGUUGUGUUGAACGGAACCAGUUGUUGCUGAUUUACGAGUACAUGGAAAAUAAUUGUCUAUCUCGUGCACUUUUUGGGAAGGACACAAUGUGCAGAUUGAAACUGGACUGGCCUACCAGGCAGAAAAUUUGCCUAGGUAUAGCUAGAGGUUUGGCCUACCUCCAUGAGGAAUCAAGGUUGAAGAUUGUGCAUAGGGAUAUAAAAUCAAGCAAUGUGUUGCUUGACGAAGAUUUCAAUGCUAAAAUUUCUGAUUUUGGUUUGGCAAAGCUAAAUGACGAUGACAAUACCCACAUCAGCACCCGGGUUGCUGGAACCAUCGGUUAUAUGGCUCCCGAGUAUGCAAUGCGUGGUUACUUGACUGACAAAGCAGAUGUUUAUAGCUUUGGAGUUGUUGCAUUAGAAGUUGUUAGUGGAAAGAGCAACACAAACUAUCGGCCAAAUGAAGAAUUUGUUUACCUUCUUGAUUGGGCCUAUGUUCUGCAAGAGAGAGGCAGUCUAUUGGAGUUGGUUGAUCCAGCCUUGGGCUCAGAAUAUUCAUCGGAGGAGACAAUGGUGAUGCUAAAUGUGGCACUCAUGUGCACCAAUGCUUCCCCAACUCUUAGGCCUACGAUGUCCCAAGUAGUGAGCAUGCUUGAAGGCCAAACUGAUGUUCAAGAUCUACUUUCUGAUCGGGGACUUUCAGUCAAUAAUUCCAAAUAUAAGACCAUAAGGAAUCACUUCUGGCAGAAUCCCAGCAGAACCCAAAGCAUGAGUAUUAUUGGUCCAUGUGCUGAUUCCUCUAGUUCACAUACUGAAUUAGGGCAGACCGAUCAUCUUCUAAGAGCUAGUUCAGUUAAAUCGGAUGAGCAAUCGGUCUAAACAUAAUGACACUAAUAUAGUUGUAAAGAAAGAGUGAUUGGUAAAUGACCAUCCUCCUCAGGAGGGGGUGUCUGAUGAGAAUAUAUGAUAGGUAGGCUAUAUGUUUAUAAAUUAUACUAAUAACAAAAUGGAUUAGUUUUAGGAUGGCUUUUUAAUUUCCA